ACCUCAGUCGGUAGGGGGACACAAUACGCUUGCAAAUACUAGGCCGUGUAACGGAAUAAAAGUUCUUCGGAUACAUUCGCUUCGCUUGAGUGCUCGUCGGAAGCGUGUUUACAAUGACAAUGAAAAUUAAAUCACUUCUGUUUUGUGCCGUAUUUGCAUUUUACAGUGGACUGGCUAAAGCCUCUCGGAGCCCCCUGAAUGAUUACCAACGUUCUGAGGGCCGUGAACUUGUGUCCAAAGGACGGGAUGCAGACCGUACCAUGCCACUGUCUGGACUAUCCCUGGAGGAGUGUGCCAAGCGCUGUUCUCAGUCCGCAGAUUGCAGAGCAUUUAAUUAUGAAACCCGUCCGUCCUAUAUGUGCAAACAUCUCCCCUGGGUGAGGGACGAAAACACAGCUGAAGUCAAGAGGAACGUCAACUGCGAUCUGUAUGAGAAAAAAGACUAUGUGCGAAACUGCAUUGUGGGUGAUGGGAAGACAUACCGGGGAAAAGUGUCUAAGACCGAGAGCGGAUAUGAAUGCCAGCAGUGGUGGUCCAAAUUCCCACAUGACCACAGGUGGACUCCUUCACCCACAAAUGGUCUGGAGCUUAACUACUGCCGGAACCCAGAUGGAGACCAAAUUGGGCCUUGGUGCUACACCACAGAUCCAGAGAGGCGAUUUGAGACUUGCAGGAUCCCCCACUGCGAGGAUGAGGUGUGUAUUACUUGCAAUGGAGAGGACUACAGGGGACAGAUGGACCACACGAAGUCUGGCCUUGAAUGCCAGCGUUGGGACCAGCAGCACCCCCACCAGCACAUCUACCAGCCUGAGAAGUAUCCUGAUAAGAGUUUGGAUGACAAUUACUGCCGCAACCCAGACGCCUCCCCGGUUCCCUGGUGCUACACCACAAACCCAGAGGUGGAGCGUGAAGCCUGCCAGAUCAGCAAGUGCCAGAAGGUCCCCCAGAAACUGUCCGACUCUUGUCACACCACCAUCUGCUUCCGUGGCCGUGGGGAGGAUUACCGUGGAAAAGUCAACGAGACGACAUCUGGCAUCCCCUGCCAGCGCUGGGACUCCCAGUCACCACACCAGCACCCCUUUUACCCUCAGACCUACGAGUGCAAGGGCCUGGAGGAGAAUUACUGCCGGAACCCAGAUGGCUCCGAGGCUCCCUGGUGCUUCACGUCCUUGCCGGAGAUGAGAACGGCGCUCUGCCUGCAGAUCAAACGCUGCGCAGAUGACAUUGAAGCUGAAGAUUGCUACCAUGAAAAUGGUAAAAACUACAGAGGGGUGGUUCACAAAACCCGUAAGGGAAUCAUCUGCCAGAAAUGGAGUGUCAACACACCACACAAAGCCAAGAUAAACCCUACGACUCACCCCGAUGCAAACCUGACUGACAACUACUGUCGCAACCCAGAUGGGGACCAGCACGGACCUUGGUGCUACACAACGGACCCCAAGACGGAAUUUGAUUACUGCGCCAUCAAACAGUGUGCUGGAGAGAAGGCUCACAUCACCAGGCCAGCAGAGAAUGUGGAGUUCAGCGAGUGUGGAAAGAGGGAUGACCGCAUGGUCUCCAAGUUUCGCAUAGUUGGAGGAAGCCCAGGCAACUCGCCCUGGACCGUCAGUCUCCGAGACAGGAAGGGAAGCCAUUUCUGUGGAGGAUCUCUGGUUAAUUCCAAAUGGGUGAUCAGCACCAAACAGUGCUUUUCCUCCUGCUACGUCGAUCUGACGGGUUACACUGCCAUGAUGGGGACCCUCUUUCGAAAUCCCAAAGAGACCGACCCAGACCGGCAGAACAUCCCACUUAUCAAGAUAGUGUGUGGGCCAUCCGAGUCGCACCUGGUCAUGCUGCAGCUAGAGACCCCAGCCCAGUUCAACGAGCGCGUUUCCCAGAUUUGCCUGCCCCCAGAGCGCUACAUCGUGUCAGAGGGCUCCACCUGUGAAAUUGCAGGUUGGGGUGAGACUAAAGGAACGGGACAUGACACAGUCCUCAAAGUGGCUAAGAUGUCCGUUCUGAGCAACAAGGAGUGCAACAAGUACUUCAAAGGUCGUGUGAAGGAUAAUGAGAUGUGCACCACCUCCUUCAAUGGAGGGGCUGGGGCAUGUGAGAGGGAUUAUGGGGGACCACUGGCCUGUCAGAACAAAGAUUGCUGGGUCCUUGAGGGCGUCAUCAUCCCUAUGCGGCGCUGUGGCCACCCAGGGCAGCCAAACAUCUUCAUCCGUGUCUCCAUAUAUGUCGACUGGAUCAAGAAGGUCAUGAAGAUGGUCUAGACGUGUGGAUGCCUUCGUGGAUGCAGCAGCCAGAUCCAGAGCUGGACAGCAUCUAUCUCAGAUCCAUUCCCAUUCUUAAUGCUCUGCCCAAACACUGAGAUGCACGUACAGAAUUUAAACUGGACCUUAAACAGAAUUUAACCUGUUAUGUCCCUCUGUGAUGAUACUGGCAUUUCUGAUGGACCCGCUGACUGGCAAGCCAUCCUGUGUGAUCAUGAUUUUACCGCUGCCUGACUGUAGGAUUGUUGGCCUGUACAUGUUUGGAGUUGCGUGUGCAUGUUUGUGUCUCUGUGAGAGUCUAUUAUCAAGUGUUAUCAAGUCCCUCACUGACAGCUUUAGUUAUGCAACAUGUAUCCAUCCCUCAGAAGUUUGGAAGCUGUUUUUGGGAAAAUCUCGAAGCUACAGCUUCUAUGUUUAGAUUUCAUAACACAUGUCAACGUCUAAUAUAACAAGAUUUUAAUUUUUAUAUUAAUGGAGAACUACAAGAAAAUCAGGUUUUAAGAUUCCAACAAAAACAAUAAAAGGUUGUCCUUUUAUACGG